AAAACUAUGCUGCACAGACCAAUAUCAUUGUAAUUUUGGCGAAAACAACUAAAAAUAAAGAUGGUAGCGGCUAUAGACAAGCUUUUUUUGCUUGUGAAAAACAGAGGCAGUAUAAUAGUAAAAAAGAAGACGCAUAUACCACUAAGUGGACAAGUUGCCUGUUUGUUGUUGGGUUAAAUUAUCGCAAGCGUAUAAAAAAAUUCGUCAUAACAAAAUUAUGCUUAGAGCAUAAUCAUGAAAUUAAUCCAGAUUCUAGAAAGUUUAGCAGCAACAUACGUAAAUUUAGUCCGAAUAUACUAGACAUGAUUGGAGAGCUUCAUGAUAAUGGACUUCGAAUAAAAGACAUAUAUACAGUUUUAGCUUCUAUUAGCUCAAAGUAUAUACAUAAACAUGAUAUCUAUAAUACUAUUAGUCGUCAACGCCAACAAAAGUUGCAAGGGUUAAAUGAAAUCGAGUUGUUGCUCAAGACUUUGCAAAAUGAUGAAAACAUUAUGUCGAGCAUAGCAAUUCAAUCUGCAUAUAAUGACGAACAUGAUCAAGAUGGUUUGUUUAUGCGAGCAAUUUUCUGGGCUUACCGAAGUGCAGCCUUUGAGUUUGCAAUAGCUAAAGACGUAUUAAUUAUAGACGCGACAUACAAAACAAACAG